AUGGUUGGCAGCCGUCACCCUGACCAAUGUGCAAAGCGAUGGCAUCACUCACUCGAUCCCAACGUAAAGCGCGGUCCCUGGACGAUGGAAGAGGACAGCUCUCUUCUCGAAGCCGUGCAAAAGAUUGGCCGGGACUGGAAAGAGAUCGGACGAGAGCUUUUCCCCAGUCGGUCCACGACGGAUAUCAAGAACCGCUAUGUUAUCCUAAGCCGCCGCCGCGGACCCUCCCCAGCCAUCCCAGAGAACUGUUCGAGCAUCGAUAUCGAAACGCAUUCGUCGUCUCUUGCGGACAGCAAGCCACCCAUCCCUGCCGAGUUGCUCACUCCCGAGGUCGACUUCUCUAUCGCUAAUACUCCUUGUGAGCUGGAUAGUUCCAACCUAGCCCCAGAUACCCUAAGCAUAAACAUGACGCUGCCUUCUGACCUCCCUUCUUACCUGUCUCUUCCUCUUCCCGACACAGCCGAAACAGAUCAUGCUCUUGACGAAUCCAGUACAGCAUGGGAGAUACCAGACUGGACGGCUUUUGACAAUCAAUGUCUCUUCACGCCCGGCGCAUCUGAGCUUGAGGGCAGUUUUACCAGCCGUAAUCAUGAGGAGCCACCUCAACCAUUACCAGUACCCGAUAUCCCGGGUCCCAGCACGCUUGUCCUUGAAGAUCUUCGGCCGGAGACGGUCAACCUAGUGAUCGACACGCUGCUGAGGACAAACUCGAAGUUUGGAAUGCGAAUGUACAACACGGGGUCCUGA